UAUGGGCAAAACUUUUUUUAAAAAAAUUCUGGAAUGUGAGGAAGAGAGAAAAAGAGGAGAGGUGGGCUGAACAUUAUAGAAAGUAGAGGAGAGACUGAGACAGCUUCUGUCUGUCUGUCUAUCUAUCUUUCCUUCCUUUUUUCCCUUCUGUUGUCUAUGUAUAUUUGUAUAUUUCUCUCUUUCCUUUUUCUUUCUUUCCAUCUGUCUGUAUCUUUCCUUCUUUCUCUCUCUCUCUCCAUCUUUCUCUGACUGUACCCUUCUCUCACUCACCACCCCCUCCAUCUCUCUGACACUCCAACGUUUCUGACACAGGGUGGCACCGCAUACUUAACUUCACCCCCUCCUACUAAAACUUUAUUUUGUAGAAAAGAGAAUAACCAAUCUGCCUCUACCUCUCCUCCUCUCCCCCCCUUUAUACCCCCCCUCAGGGACUGGUGUUUCAGCUUGUGGUUAAAGCUUUACACGUCAGGAAAAAAAAAGAGGGCUAAAGAAUAGCCUCAUUUAAAAAAAAAAAAAAAAAGAAAACCACACACCAACCCAAACCAAACCCUAAAUGAGUGGGAUUGGCAAAUGGGAUUAUUAAUCCUGGCCAAAAAUAAAGGACCGCAGACUCUGUGCAGCCCCCUUGGAGAAAGGAAGCACUAAAUCACAAACCUACCUUGAAGGGCUGCAAGUCCUGAGUGUAGCUUUGGCUUUACCAAAUGGAUUUCAGAGCAGGUAGGGAGACCUCUGCACCUUUCCCAACCUCCCCUUCUCCAAAGGGAAGUCAGCCCUCCCCCUCCUUCUUGCCUGCUGCGUCCCAUCUCCCCUCCCCACCCAGCGCGCCCUCCACCCACAACUCUUUGGGAAACACUCUUUAAUUUUCCGCAAUCUCUUUCCAAAAUGCCUCUAACAAAAGCUUUGCAACAUCCAAAGAUCUGGGGUGUGUGUGAAAGGGGUGGCAUUGCCCCCUAUCCUCUAAGAUAUAUUUUUAAAAUGUCUCUUAUUUUCCCUCCUCCUCUUGCUUUCAGAAAAGCACGUCGCCCUUUAGUUCCAUAGCUCCCUACCUUUGCCCAAAGCUGAAGAGCCAAGGGUGGGAGGAGGGGAAAGAGAGAAAAAUGAAUGGAGCCUGGUCUUGUGUACAAUUGCAUCAAAUACAUUCUUGAAAGCAACCUGGUUCUGCUUAACACUUGAAUUUAAAAAAAAAAAAAAAAAGCAAGCAGCUUGGAGAGAGGGUGUAUGCAAUUUUUUUUAUUCUUGCAUUCCUGGACACCAAUCAAAAGAGCAAAUCAAGGGAGGUGGAAAGGGGGAGAGAGCGAGAGAGCAUGUUUAAAACUUUGCGCACACACACACCAAAAAAAAAAUAUCCGAGACAGCUUUUUCCACCUAACACCCAAGCAAACACAAACCAAAACAAAUAGGGAAGAGGAAAAAGAGAGAGAGAGAGAAACAGGGCAGAACGAUCAGGGAGAAAGGGAGGCUUCGCCAUUCGCUUGGGGCUUUGGGUUUAGUGUAAUAACUAACCAAAAAGUUUGAUUUCUUUUGAACAAAUUCUGCAGCCUUCCUUCCCCCACCCCAACCCCACAAUCUGAGUCUACUAUGCUAUAUGUUGCUGGGGAGAUUUCAGGAGAUUCUUGGGGGAUCUUUGCCUUCCUGUGCGCCGCACUCUGGAACCUGCCCGCGGUCCCCGCCCUGAACAGCACAGACGAGGUGGGCGCUAGCCAGUCCAUCCAGAAGACAUACGACCUCACCAGGUAUCUGGAACACCAGCUGCGCACACUCGCCGGCACCUAUCUGAAUUACCUUGGCCCCCCCUUCAAUGAGCCAGACUUCAACCCUCCCCGGAUGACAAGGGCCGAGAUGGUGCCCAGUGCCACUGUGGACUUUGAGUUGUGGCGCAGCCUGAAUGACAAUGCCCGGCUGGCAGCCAAUUACCGGGCCUACACGCACCUGCUGUGCUACCUGCGUGGCAUGGAUGGGCAGGUGGCCAAGGCCGAGCUGCGCAAGAACCUGGGCCACUUCUGCACCAGCCUGCAGGGCCUGGUGGUGAGCAUUGCCAGCGUCAUGUCCUCGCUGGGCUACCCGCUGCCCAGCCCACUGGGCAGCACCGACCCCACCUGGGCCCGGGGGCCGGGUGCCACUAGUUCCCACAACGACUUCCUCAAGAAGAUGGAUGACUUCUGGCUGCUCAAGGAGCUGCAGACUUGGCUGUGGCGCUCCGCCAAGGACUUCAACCGCCUUAAGAAGAAGGUGCCGCCCGCCGCCCUCAUGCUGCGCCUCGAGGCUAGGGGUUUCUGACCCCUGCCCCCCCCCACCCCAUCACCACGCUGUGCCUCGAGGUGCGGGGCAUCUGUCCCCUCCCACUCCACUCCCACUCCAGUCAUCAUGCUGUGCCUCAAGAUAAGGGGCUGCUGACUUUCACCUCCCCUCAGAUCUUCUGAACCUCCAAACCCAGGCCCCACUGUGCCUCCCACCCUUUACCCCUCUCCCUCGCUUCCAUGGUUCCCAGCCUCCUUCCAAUCUGUGAUGCCAUGCAGCACGUCCCCAUCCUUCUCCUUCCCUCCCCCCGGCCUUUUCCUUAUUCUCCAGCAAGGGACCUAUUUUCUUUCCAAAACAGGGAAAUAACCCUCCUUCCCCCAGUACAGCCCAGAGCAGCAAUAAGCCCCACCCCCAGAUCUAGACAGCAAUAACCCCCUCCCCUUUCACCCAGAGCAACAAUAAACCCCACCCCCAUGUGCUCUGGGCAGCAGUCAGCACUGUCUAUUUACCAUGGGCAGUCCUAAGCCUUGUCUGGCUUUGUCUCUUGCUGCGUCAUACUCUGUACCUCUGGUUUGAUCCAAUUCUUCCUCUGCGUCCCCCUCCCCUGCUGCAAUCCCCCACCCCUCCUCUCAUGCACAGAGACCUGGACUCAUCCAGCCUUUCCUCAAGUUCAGAGCCCCUGACACUGGCCUGCAGCCUGGCCUCCAUGUCUCUUUGGGUGCUUCCAGCUCUGCCCUCCAUGCAUCGCUUCCCUUAUGGCUGGGGGCAGGAGCUGAGAUGGGCAAUGCCACCAGCGCCAGCCCUCCGGUCACGCCUGCAAAUGGGGCAAUCUCACCCCAUGACACUGCAGCAUCGUGGGGCAAGAGGGACGAGAAAUAGGAAGGAUCGGGGUGUGAAACAGGAAAGUCUGGGGAUCCAAAACAGGAAGGGGGAGGGGGAAUGAAACAGAAAAAAUUGAGGUCCAAAACAGGAAGGGGCAGAUGUUGAACCAGGAAAGGUUGGGGUCCAAAACAGGAAGGGGCGGGAUUUGGAAGAGGAAAGGUUGGGGUCCAAAAUAGGGGUAGGAUUUGAAAGCAGACCUCCAGCGCUUCUCCAGUUGCAAUGCUGAUGCAUCUUUUGGCCCCACCUCCUGACAAAACACCCAUGAGGACCAGGAAAGCAGGGGAGCUAAACCAGGAAGGGGUGGGGCAAUAUCCCUUUGCCAUCUCAUACCAUGACACAUGCAGCGUUUCCUUAAAGUUUACAUUGUCACAGACGUAGCAUUUGGGCAGUUGUGGGGGCUCUUUACCUGGCAUAGGCCCUGCUGCCCACCCCCCUGCCCAUGCUCCAGAUGUGGGAUCAGGGUUAAGGGCCUGUGACCCCGCCCUUCUCCACCCCCCACGUUCCCCCACCGGGUUGUGUUUUUCUUGGUUUGUCUAUAUUAAUAUUUAUUUAUUUGGAAAUAUUAUUUAUUAGAUGGUAUUUAUUGCAGAAUUUUUAUUCUUGUAUUAACAAAUAAAAGGCUUCCUCCAUGA